ACAACCCAGCAUUUUUGAUCCCCACUGGCACCCGUACCUCUAGAAAGGUAGCAAGAUGGCUGCGGAGCCGAACAAGACAGAAAUUCUGACCAUUUUUAAAAGACUACGGUCUAUUCCAACUAACAAGGCGUGCUUUGACUGUGCUGCCAAGAACCCCAGCUGGGCCAGUAUACCAUAUGGAGUGUUUCUGUGCAUCGACUGCUCUGGCAUUCAUCGCUCUCUAGGAGUGCACCUCAGCUUUAUCAGAUCCACUGAGCUCGACUCCAACUGGAACUGGUUUCAGCUGAGAUGUAUGCAGGUCGGAGGCAACGCCAACGCGACGGCCUUCUUCCGCCAGCAUGGCUGCUCCACCAACGACACUACCGCCAAGUACAACAGCCGCGCGGCACAGAUGUACCGAGAGAAGAUCCGACAGCAAGCCAACGCGGCGCUGUCCAAAUAUGGGUCUGAGCUGUGGAUCGACCAAUCCAGUGUGAGCAGCCAGCCUGCCGCCCCAGAGAAGAGACAGGCAGACUUCUUUACUGAGCAUACUCAGCCUUCAAACAGCUGGGACGUGACGGCUCCUUCCCUGACAGAACACAAUGGAACCCUCACUCCUCAACUAUUGGAGGACACACCCAAAGCCCCCCACACCGCCAGCACUCAGCUGGAGGAAGGACCAAGCAUUGAGGGACUGAGCACUGAGCAAUCUCCCAAAGUCACUAUGGAGGACUCCAUGCGUUUGUCGUCAGAUCAACCACAGCUACCCAAAGAUGUGAAGCAAUCCAUCAUUGGGAAAAAGAAGCCCAGCACUACUAAGAAAGGGCUGGGUGCUAAGAAGGGCCUGGGGGCCCAGAAGGUGAGCAGUAAGAGCUUCUCGGAGGUGGAGAAACAGGCCCAGGUAGCCGAGAAGCAGAGAGAGGAGCAAGCAGCUGAUGCUAAGAAACAGGCAGAGGAGUCCAUUGUGGCCUCCAUGCGCCUGGCCUACAAGGAGCUGGAGAUUGACAGGAAGAUGGACAACAAGAAGAUGCAGAACAUGGAGGGUAAGAAGAGAGAGCAGGCUGAGAGACUGGGCAUGGGCUUCGGCAACCGCAGCACCAUAUCUCACUCCGUGAUGUCAGAGAUGCAGGUGAUUGAGCAGGAGACGCCCUUGGGGGCCAAGUCCUCGCCUCGCUCCAAACUGGACAUGUUGGAUGAACCGGGCUUCUCCUCCGGACCCCCUAAGUACAAGGACAACCCGUUCACGGCGGGCGACGGCUUCGGGUCGCGGUGGGACUCUGAUGGGGGAGUGGCCUCCUUCACCUCCUCCUGGGCCCUGGAGAAUGAGGAGCCUAAAGAGGAGGUGACAAUCUCCAGCAUCCAGCCUAUCGGAGAACGGCCCAGUCGGCGGAAGGCGGAGACGGCGGCGCCCCUGUCCGAGUCGAGCGAGGCCCGGCAGAAGUUUGCCAACGCCAAGGCCAUCUCUUCCGACAUGUUCUUUGGCCGCGAGAGCUAUGCCGAGUAUGAGGCCAAGACACGUCUGGAGGGCCUGUCUGGCAACACAUCCAUCAGCUCUGCUGACCUGUUUGGGGACGGGAGUGACCGUGACACAGGGGCAGCAGGUUAUGAGAGUGUGCUGCCGACGGGGCCAGACAUUGCUCAGUUCAAACAGGGGGUGAAGACUGUGGCGGGCAAGAUGGCCGUGCUGGCCAACGGCGUCAUGAACACCAUACAGGAUCGCUAUGGCGCUUACUGAAGAGACCAGGACGACCAACACCCAGCUGCAGGGGGAGAGGGAGCCAUGACGUCAUACUGACAGAGAGUGGAGGGGAGGGGGGGGGGACAGAGCACAUCACUACUGACUGGUAUCUGUAGUGAGAGAAGGGAAGAGAGAUUGCAUGAAUGGAGGGAGACCCUACACCGUUUCUGUCCAUCCACCUUUUAGAGUGAGACAAAGUUUUAUUUUCAGUGAAGAAAGCUCUGGAAGGUGUCAAAUUAGUUUUCUUCUGUUCUAACUAGUCUUGUUUUCUAUACUGUUUUGGUCUCUGAUUUCAAACAAAAUAUGAAUGAUAUAAAGUAUUCUCUAAGAAUGAUAUGAUAACCAAUCCUCUCUGUUUGAACUAUGCUUUUUGACAUGGUUUUUACUGUGUGUUUUCAACCGUCUCUCGCUGUUUUAACAGACGGAGCCGUUUAACCAUUCAGCAUUAACAUCAUCAAAGGGAAGCAGUUGUCCAGUACGGUUGAUUAUCUCUUUUCAUUUGAGUUACCAUGACAACGGAUUACAUUCUCUGGUCUGAAUGGAUUCGGGUUAAUCACACAGUUCCAUUGUAAGAAUGUUUUAACUGAACUCCACACAGCAUGACUCAAAACACAACACCUCCACUCGCUGACUGAGUGACGCAAUCUACCAAGGUCAGGAGAUGGACGGGGAACGGAUAUUUUAGAAACGUAAUGACCUAGCCCAUCUUGCAGUGCAAUAUGAGUUCUUCACCAGGGUCUGAAAGGUUUUCAGUCGGGUCAGAAGAAAGGUUGGCUUUCAGCCUUUUUCAAUGGAAAGAGUUCGGUGUGUUUCUUAGGAAUGAUCGGGUGCUUUGACUGAAUGGUCGAUGCUGGUAAGAAUGUGGCUGGUGGUCUCCUUCAGUCCAUACUUGACCAGUCACUGGGUUUACAGAAUCACACCACAUAAACUUUGGGAAGCCAUAGUAACCUCUAAUGUUGAGAAACACACUUGUAUAGAAUACAUGAAGACCUGGAUCUGAGAUCACACGGUCUUUUGUUUCUACCCUAAGAUAAGUUACUUAGACAUAGGAGGGAAUGCAACUCAGCUGUGUUUCUGCAUAAUGCUCUUUUCUAUUGAGUUUCUGUUCUAAAUGGGAGUUUGAUCCCUCAUUCUGUUCUAAAUGGGAGUUUGAUCCCUCAUUCUGUUCUAAAUGGGAGUUUGAUCCCUCAUUCUGUUCUAAAUGGGAGUUUGAUCCCUCAUUCUGUUCUAAAUGGGAGUUUGAUCCCUCAUUCUGUUCUAAAUGGGAGUUUGAUCCCUCAUUCUGUUCUAAAUGGGAGUUUGAUCCCUCAUUCUGUUCUAAAUGGGAGUUUGAUCCCUCAUUCUGUUCUAAAUGGGAGUUUGAUCCCUCAUUCUGUUCUAAAUGGGAGUUUGAUCCCUCAUUCUGUACUAAAUGGGAGUUUGAUCCCUCAUUCUGUUCUAAAUGGGAGUUUGAACCCUCAUUCUGUACUAAAUGGGAGUUUGAUCCCUCAUUCUGUACUAAAUGGGAGUUUGAUCCCUCAUUCUGUUCUAAAUGGGAGUUUGAUCCCUCAUUCUGUUCUAAAUGGGAGUUUGAUCCCUCAUUCUGUUCUAAAUGGGAGUUUGAUCCCUCAUUCUGUUCUAAAUGGGAGUUUGAUCCCAUCCAUUCUGUACCGUCUUGUUGAAUGGCAGAAGCAAUGACUAAUGGAAGACGUGCUCAUCAGAUUGUUGUAAAACCUGUGACUGGACAGAGCCUGGCUGUCACUCGGUCCCUCGUCGUUUGAUGUUUAUUUCUGGUGACCUGCCUAUGAAAAUGAGAGACAGGGUAAGAGGAGCCUACCACCGUUGGUCAAAUGAGAUGUAACGUCAAGAACAGGGCCACCUCAGUACUAUUUGAGAUGGUCCGGUCACGAAUGUCUUAUGUGGCAAAGAAAAUAUAUGAAUGGAUGUCACAGGUAGAAAUGCUAUAUAAUACACAUAGAGGUGAUGUGAUUACCUCUUGUUCCUGA